CCAGCUGUUCCGGGAGCCGGGGCCUCACUCCUCGAUCCGCCCCUAGAGGCGGACCCCACUGGACUUAAACUCUUGGACCCGGGAGGCCCGCAGUGUUCUCCCCGCUCGCCUGGCUUGUUCUCUACUCCCCGCCGGUCCAAGGAACUGAACAGUCUGUGUGGAGAGAGACAUGUUUGGAGAGAAGUGGGGAACACAUACAGUAAUUACAGAGUAAAAUCAUUUUUUAACGGUCUGCUUGCUGACCAGCUGACAAGAAUAACUGGACUGUUGGAUCCAGGCUACAGUAUGUGCCCAAGAAGAGAGAAGACAGAAUUAUAUCUGCAAGUCAACUAAUGCAGUUAGUCACCCACAUACUAGUUAAGGAAGGUCUCACUCUGUCAUCCUCAGUAGAGUGCUGUAGCAUCACAGCUCACAGCAACCUCCAGCUCUUGGGCGUAGGUGAUUCUCUUGCCUCAGCCUCCCAGGUUUCUGACGUUCAGCACAACUGACUUUUAAUACGCUGCCACUAUAUCAAAUCUACAAUGAAUUGGAAUGCAGAACCACAGAGUGCUAUACUACCACCACCAUACCCUAAAAGCCAGUCAUCUUUUUCGCAGCAGCCUUUAAUAAACCAGUUUACCCCAUCUCACAAUUCUUUCAGCUGUCCUGGAAACAAUCAAGAAAUAUGCAUGUAUCCCAGUAGUUCAAAUCCUGUAUCACAGCCACUGUUGAAUAUCCAAAAUUAUCUUCAGCAAAUCCCUGUUUCUGAUGUGCAUAAUGGGACAAUUGUAGCUUCACAAAUUUCAUUAGAAAGGUUAACACUUUCAAAUGCUAAAGGACACAAACAACUAAAUCCUAAUUUACAGAUGUCUGGAGGAGUUACACAGAACGCAUGGUCGAACUCACCAAUGAGGAAUUCUGUGCCUUCUCAUACAGGGGCAACUGUAUCUCAUCAAGCUGAUUUUGGAACUAAUAUACCCAAUGUACAUGUACUGCAGAAUCAACUGGUAACAUCAGAUACGUAUUCCACUCCACUUCAAAUGAUGCCUUCUAAUUCUCUAAGAGCUCCUGUAACUUAUCCAGGGAAUCAGGGACUUAACCAAUCUAAUUCAGUUCGCAAGGUUGAAGGUUGGAUGCAACAGUAUACAUCUAAUGGACUGACUUCUCCAGAUUACAGACCACUUUCAAAGCAGUACUUUUAUCCACCUCAAGGUUUUAUACAAGAUCCUAAUAUUCAGAAACGAAACCCUGUGCCAUCUACAUCAUUACAAGUUAAAAACUGUCACUUUCCAAAUACUGCUACGGCUUUACAGUCAAAGCAGUCUGCAGCUGUACUGUCUCAGCAAUAUGCCACUCCAGUUGACAAAAGACUUAACCCUCCACCCCUUCCUCUUUAUGACUGUAGAUACGGAAGCCAGCCUGUACAGAGUGGUCCACAUGUUCUUAAACGUUUGUCUGUGGAAGUUCCUCAGAGCCAAGAAACGCACUCAUCUGAAAUAAGGAUGGACUCUUACGGAGGCUUUCAACAGCAGUGGCAAAAGCCUCUUGAAAAUGUCAGCACAAUUGGAAAUUUCUGUAACUUGAAAGUAAACACCAAUGUCAAACAGCCUUUUCCUGAACCAGUUAGAUCAUCUAUGGAUGCUGUUCAGCCAGUUGCUCAAAAUAAUCAAGAGAAAAGAAUGGAUUCUUGUAAUCCAAAUCAAAUACUGGAUACAAAUGUCACAAAAGAAAAGCUAGUGAGGGAUAUUAAAACAUUAGUAGAAAUUAAAAAGAAGUUUUCCGAACUUGCAAGGAAAAUUAAAAUUAAUAAAGAUCUUUUGAUAGCAGCAGGUUGUAUUAAAAUGACUAAUACCUCUAAUAGUGAACCAGGUCAAAAUUCUGAAUUGUUCAGACAAACUGCCAAAAUUCAGUCUGGACUACGAGUAACUCCAGAGAUUGCAAAGGGACAAUCACUAACAGCAACAAAAUCUGCAGAAACAAGUAAAACACACUGUUCAUUGACUUCCAAUAUUCAAGAAAGCAAUUGUAGAAAGUUUAAUCAAGUCAAUUCUGUUGUACUAAAUUCCGUCUCUUCAGCAAAGGUCCCGGGCCAGUGUCAUGAUUCGAAAGUUCUGUCUUCUUCAAAGACAUCAACUGUUGAGAUGACCCAGGCAACGUUGAAUAACAGUCACCUCUCAUUAGAAAAUUCUGUCCAAGUUGGACAAAAUCUGCCAACAAUUUGUGAGACGGUUUCUGUUCCCCCAUCUUUGUCCUCUGACGAAUGUAUUUCAAAACACGUAAAUAAGAACAGGCUACUUCUUAAUUUGCUUGUGCAAGGAGAUAGGGUUCAGGAGAAAUUAAAAGAUGCUAAUGAAACUAGUCAGGAUUCUAAAGUAGAUAGUUGUGAAAUGAUUCUGAAUACUCAAGUCACUGUUAAGCAACUGAAUUUGCAAACUACAGAAACCCUAAGUACUUCUAAUGUAGGUGCCAGGAUUUCAGGUAACUCUUCUUACAUCAAGCAUGAAUCCUCAACAGAGAGAAUGCCUGCUAAAAGCAACAGUCCUUACUCCAUGGAAUUGCUAGCAACCUGUCUGUCUCUGUGGAAAAAGCAGCCUUCAGAAACUGCACAAGAAAAACAGUGUAAUGAGUCAAGAACAAACAAAACAGCAGUUGGAGUUUCAAGGCCCAUGGAUGUCUCUGCUAAGAGGCCUUGUUCAGUUAUGGACAAUUCUCAGAAUAAAAUCAUCAAUCCCUCACAAACAACUUUGUCAGCGGUGGUGCCGAAUUAUGAGUCUUCAGGAACAACUAUAACAAAGGGAACAGAACUUCAGAUCGCUGUGGUAACACCCUUAAUUCUUUCGGAUGUCAAGACAUUGUCAGCCAAAGGAAUAAUACCUGAAGCUUUACCUGAAACAGUAUACCCAGUUAUUAAAGAAGGCAGUGUUUGUAGCUUACAAAAUCAAGUGGCAGAAAAUACAACAGUAAGUGCUGCUGUUGAAGGCAGUGUUUGUAGCUUACAAAAUCAAGUGGCAGAAAAUACAACAGUAAGUGCUGCUUUGAAAGUUGAUGUUAAUGAGCCAGUAGCAAGUACUAUGACAUCAACCAAGAUUUUCCCUCUGACUCAGAAGGAAAAGAAUGAGUCGACUAACGGUAAUUCAGAAGGCACACCUAAUACCAAUGAAGGGAAGUAUAGCAAAUCGGAAUCAGAUACCUAUUCUCUUGUGAGUGAUCAGCAAACCUUAUAUGAAUCAAGAGACAAUACUGCUGUGAAUAGUGAUGUAUUACACAUUGACAGUAUUUGUUCUCUGGUUGAAGGUGAUAUAUCAUACAAUUCUCAAAUAGCAAAGAUAUUCAACUCUCUACCUAUGGAAAAGGUUGAGCCCCAGAAGCCUCUACCCAAUCAGGAAGGGAUUAGUUACAGAGAACAAAAAGAACAGUUAGAUAAUAAUACCACUGAAAAUAAAGACUUUGAUUUUCAAAAAGAUAAGUUAGUAGAGUGUACAGAUGUUUCAUGUAAAAUAACUGAUCUGUCAAAGUCACGGCAACCUCCAGAGUCAUUGUCUUUUAAUAAUGCUGAAGCAAGUAGAGGCACUCCAGAGGAAAGCGGGGUAGCACCCAGCAUGAAGGAAAGCACAGCGGGCAAUGUGUGUUCAUCAGCUGCCACACCGCUGGAUGUUGACCCUCAGGAAAUCGAUGCAUCCAGCGAUUACAUUGCCCAGGAGCCCACAAGAAAUGAGAUUGACAAUGAUAAGACAUAUCUACAUGAUCAGCUUUCAGAACUUUUAAGAGAGUUUCCCUAUGGCAUUGAAGGUAUAAAAAGACGUGACGGUUCUGUGGGUCAACAGAUGACCAACCACAUUUCAGAAGAUCAAGCUGCUGAUAAAUCCAGUUGUGACUCCAAAGACUUAACAGAUCAAAUACAAAUUACAAUAUUAAGCUCAGAGCAGAUGAAAGAAUUAUUUCCUGAACAGGAUGAUCAACCCUGUGAUAGAGACAGAUCAGAAGAACCUCAGAAAGAAAAGCCUGACCCAGAAGUAGGUAGCCAGUGUGACCCUCAAGCACCUACAAAAGAAGAAAGUCGUGAUUCUUUAACAGUGGACUCAGAGAAAGAUGACGUCCAUUGCUGUGCACUGGGUUGGCUUGCUGUAGUUUAUGAAGGAGUACCUGAGUGCCAGUGUAAUUCCAUCAAGAACUCAGCUUCAGCAGAAGAGAAAGGAAAAGAACAGUCUUCUCCUUUGGAGAGCAACAGUUGUAAGCAAGGAGAGAAAACCUCUGAUAGUGAUGUAUGUGUUGUUGAACUGAAUAGUCCUUCAAAUAAUCCAAAGACUUCUGUGAUUCUUCCAGACGGGAAAAGUAAUACUCCUAAAAUACAAAGCAGCAAUAUAAAAGAUACAUCCAAAACAAAACAGAACAGUUUACUAAAGACAGAACAAAAAUCAACUGGUCACUUUUCCUCUAAAUGUGAUAAACUGGUUUCCUUGCAAAAUCAUGGGGAAAAAACCCUGAGAUAUCAUGAGGUAACCUUUUGCUCCCACAAUAAAAUGCCAGCAUUUCAUGAACAAACUUCUCAACAAAGCCUGCAGAGGAAACAUGCAACACAAAACUCAGGCCCGCUAAAAGCAAAACCAGUCUUACCAGCAAAUAAAGAUCUCUAUAAGAAGAAUAGCUCUUUGGUACAGUUACUAGCAUCAGAGAAGAAAAAAAAGUUUAAAACAGGUGGCUUCAAACAAAAUCAUUUGGAAAAAAGGAAGAUGAACCAAGGGAGCAUACGAGAUGUGGAGGUAAAGAAGAGGAAACAGGAUAAACAAGAACAGAAUAAAAAUGUGGGAGGUGAGCUCAAAGUCCAUGAUUCUUCGUCAAACCCGAAUGAAAGAGCCUGUGUUAAAGACAAGACUCUGUCAGGCAUUAAGUCCUCAGAUGAGAAAAGGUCAUCAAAGGUGAAUAGAGUUAUAACUCCGCAAGAGUAUUUACAAAGGCGGAAACGGAAAGAGGUGAUGAGUAAUAAAGCAGCAAAGAGAAUCCAUGUCAAAAAUGGGCCACAUGAUUCUGAACACACAGGAUCCAGUAAGCCUCCUACGCAAGUAGGGACAUCAAAUGAGAGGCACAGUAUCAGCCUCCAACCCCCUAAAGAAUCAUUAAGUGUUUUUACAGACCCUGGUAAAAAUCUCAAAGCCCACCAUUCUGAGGGGUCUAAAGCAUACAACAUUUCAAGGAAUGUUAAAGGAACAAUUGGUGGGAAGCAGGCUGACAAAAUGUGGAUUGAUAAGGCCAAUUUAGACAAAAAAGUAACCUAUGUAAAUAAUGUUCAUUUCAGCCAGAUGCCUCCACAAGCAAAGGAACAAAAAUUGUAUCUGAACAGAGUGGCAUUUAAGUGCACUGAACGGGAAAGCAUUUGUCUUUCCAAGUUAGACGGUUCACCUAGGAAGCUUAAUAAAGAUAACGAGAAAUCACAGGAAAAUAAACCUAAGACCCUUCUACCUGUGAAAGAUACAGCAGAAAAACCAAACAUGCUAGAGUUUAAACUGUGUCCAGAUGUACUGUUAAAGAACAUGAGCGCUUCUGAAGAAAAGAAGGAUUUAAAAUCUCAUCCUACGAAUGAGCAAACACCCUUGCAAGUUUCAGGAAUAAAAAGUACAAAAGAAGACUGGUUAAAACGUGCAACUGUGAAGAAAAGGAUGCAGGAGGACACUCAAGAAAUAGAUAAGGAUGUUAAUUCAAGACUGUCCAAGAGAAGCUUCAGUGCAGAUGGAUUUGAGAUGCUGCAAAACCCAGUCAAGGAUUCAAAAGCCUUAUUUCAAACCUACAAACAGAUGCACCUGGAGAAGAAAAGCAGAAGCCUCGGGAGCAGUCCUGUCAAGUAAUUACAAAACGUGGUCCGUAAUUGCCACUGAGAAAUUUGUCAUUCUCUGUUCAGAAGAUCUUCUUGGAAAUACUCAGAAUUGCCAUACUAGAGAUUUCUCAGUUGGAGAGUUUGGUUCCCACUUACAUUAUGUAUUUCACUGAAAUUGCUUGAUUAAAAUGGUUGAGAACUCUGUCAGUCAGCAGACAUAAGAAAUAGAUCGUAUUUGUCAGGGAGACCACAAGGUGUUUGAACUUACACAUUGAGUCAAGUUUAUCAUUACUUUAAGAGGAAUACUUACACUGACUUAAUUUUGAAAUGCUAUCUAUCUUGAGGGAGGAUUGUUCCUUAGCUAGGGACUUGUUUAUUUACCUGGGACUGUAAAUGUACUUUUGUUUCAAAGCUAUAUUAGCAAAACUUAUUUUUCAAAUGCCCACUGUAAAUAUCAAAUUAUAUUAAGUAUUUUAUACCUAAUCGUAAACAGUUUUUCAGAACUCUUGUUUUAUACUUGUAAAAGUGAAGGCACAAUUUGGAUAAUGUAUUAACAUUACUUUUCGUAUUUGAAAUAAACAUUUAUUUUUUACA